UCUGGUGGGUAAACAUUUCUGCUACAGUUGCUCUCUUCAUCCAGUCAUCAUCAAAAGAAAAAAAAAACAGGAAAAUGUGAUGUAGAGGUGAUGUGCCCGCAGCCAGAGGAGUGAUAAGGGCAGAGCAGCCAUGACUGAGUGCUUCCUGCCCCCCAGCAGCAGCCCUGCAGAGCAGCGCAGGGCUGAGCACCCAGGGGGCGUGGCACGCACCCCCAGCUCUGAGGAGAUCAGUCCCACCAAGUUCCCUGGGUUGUAUCGCACCGGCGAGCCGUCACCGCCUCACGAUGGUCAUCACCAUGAGGCACCUGACGCUUAUGUGUCGGACGAUGACAAAGAACACAGCAAGAAGAAGAACAAGUUCAAGAAGAAGGAGAAAAGGACGGAAGGCUACGCUGCCUUCCAGGAGGACAGUUCAGCCGACGAAGCAGAAAGCCCGUCCAAGAUGAAGCGCUCCAAGGGAAUCCAUGUGUUCAAGAAGCCAAGCUUCUCCAAGAAGAAGGAGAAGGACUUCAAGGUGAAGGAGAAGGGCCCCAAGGAGGACAAGGCCAAGGAUAAGAAAUCCAAAGACCUGACGGCUGCAGACGUGGUCAAACAAUGGAAGGAGAAGAAGAAGAAGAAGAAGCCAACAACAGAGGCAGAGCCGGUCCCAGUGGAGACCCCUACCUUCAGACCCAUCUUUGGAGCUCCCCUGGCUGAAGCUAUCAAGAGGACAGCUCUGUAUGAUAACAUCCAGCUGCCAGCCGUCUUCAGAGAGUGUGUGGACUACAUUGAAAAUUAUGGCAUGAAGUGUGAGGGCAUCUACAGAGUCUCAGGUAUGAAGUCCAAGGUGGAUGAACUGAAAGCAGCGUAUGACCGUGAGGAGUGCCCCUGUCUGGAAGAGUAUGACCCCCACACUGUCGCCAGCCUACUGAAGCAGUACUUACGUGAGCUGCCGGAGAACCUGUUAGGUCGGGAUUUGGUCCAGCGCUUCGAGGACGCGUGCGGUCGGCAGGUGGAAGCCGAAAAGGUGACAGAGUUCCAGAGGCUUUUGACCGAGGUGCCAUCCGACAGCCGACUUCUUCUCUCCUGGCUCGUCACACACAUGGACCACGUCAUCACCAGGGAGGCGGACACCAAGAUGAACAUUCAGAAUAUCUCCAUCGUCCUCAACCCAACCAUACAGAUCGGGAACCGUGUUCUUUACAUAUUCUUCACCCAUGUGAGGGAGCUGUUUGGAGAUGUAGUCCUGAAGCAAGUGGUGCGGCCACUCCGCUGGUCCAACAUGGCGACAAUGCCAGCGCUGCCAGAGACCCAGGAGAGCAUCAAAGAAGAGAUCAGACGACAGGAGUUCUUGCUGAACUGCCUGCACAGAGACCUCCAAGCCGGAGUGAAGGACUUGUCCAAAGAGGAGCGACUGUGGGAAGUUCAGAGAAUCCUUACUGCUCUGAAACGCAAACUGCGAGAGGCCAAACGUCAGGAUUGUGAAAGUAAGAUAGCCCAGGAGAUAGCGAGCCUGUCAAAGGAAGAUGUUUCAAAAGAGGAAAUGACUGAGAAUGAGGAGGAGGUCAUCAACCUCCUCUUAGCUCAGGAAAACGAGAUCCUGACGGAGCAGGAGGAGCUGAUCUCUCUCGAGCAGGUGCUGCGCCGACAGAUUGCAACUGAGAAGGAAGAAAUCGAGAGGCUGCGGGCCGAGAUCGCAGACAUACAGAGUCGGCAGCAGGGUCGCAGUGAGACAGAGGAAUAUUCAUCUGACAGUGAAAGCGAGAGUGAGGAUGAGGAAGAGUUGCAGAUGAUUUUGGAAGACCUGCAGAAGCAAAAUGAGGAACUGGAGAACAAAAACACCCACCUGAAUCAGGCCAUCCACGAGGAGCAGGAAGCAAUCUUGGAGCUCCGCGUCCAGCUUCGCCUCCUGCAGAGCCACAAACUGCAGCAGGAGCUGACCGUCCAGCCACCGGCCGAGCAGGUCCCUCCCCCGCAGCCGAGCCCAGAGGCCCGCAGCGAGGAGCAAGCCAAACGCUCCGUCACAGCAGCGGCCGCCGUUACCGAUGUGGCUGCCUCGGCCAACGGAAAGGCGGUUAAAGAUCCUUCAAAGCCCUCACCGAGCAAAGACAGGAGAGACGCCAACAUGUGAGAUGUCAUCUCAGUGAUGUAAUUUGUUGGCUCUGUGCUGCUUGUUCGUCUCUACCGCUGGUCAGUUGUCCUCUAGUAUCACUUGUUAUCCACGGGAGAUUUCACAUUGCUGGAUCGGUGGGUUCAUGCGGCAGAUUCUUAGAUAAUCCUGUUCACCAAAUUUGUACAGAAAUACUGCUUUUGAUGUCCUGAAGUGCUCCUUUUUCAGAACAAUUCAAAUGCCUUGUUUCCCAUUUUCCCCGCACAAAAUAUAAAAUGUAAAAACAAAUGGACAGUGGACAACUGGCUACUACGUUGAGAGACUAGGUGGGACCAUAUUUUCAAAUCCGCAGUGCCAAGCCUGUAUGAAGGAAGAGGUAGUGAAAGGGGAAAUGAAGGGAUUCCUAAAGCAAGCAGGGGGAUGAAAGAGAGUAAAAAGAGGCACUUUGCCAGUUAAUUACAGAAAGUUUAUUUUUCAUUGGUAAGAGCUCGAGAAAAGAUAAAAAGAUCAAAUAUAAUCUCAGUCCCCGUAUCUCAUUAUUUCCCCUUACCUUAAAGCAAAUUUGACAUGUUAGGAUAGAGACCACUGUGCCAUAACUGAAGAUGCCAGACUGGACACGUUUCCCCAGAGAACCACUAAUACAAAAGCUCUUUGAAUAAUGAAGAAUUUAUGAUUGGUCUAUAAAUUAUAUAUUUAAGUAGUAUUCUGAAGAAUACGAAUGACUAUUCAAGAAAUCCAUUGAUUUUUAAAUUACAGCUUUUUAGUAAUAUAUGAAUAUAUGUUUAAGUAUAUUGUAGAUGCUUUCUUUUCUUUGAACAGCAAAUGCACAUAAACAAGGUGGCGUUGUACCUAGCAACUGACCAGUGGAUGAAAACAUGAAAGACAAACAAAUACGCAACAAAAGUAGUAGUUCAUCACUGCGAAAUGUAGACAAACAGCUGGAGGCAAGUUUGUCACAGUCACUUUGUGAAACAACACUUUGUUCUGUAGUGCAAUCAAGUUUUUUUCUGUUAUCUCUGCCCCUCUUACAAAAACAAACAUGGGAAAUUACAUAUCUACAGCUUUAUGACAGGAUAACACACGUCUGUGGUGAUGAUUAUUAUCUCCAAAAUGUCUGCAGAGACACGCAGGAGACUUAUUUAGUUUUGUUGUGUAUUUGAUCAUGUUUUUUUUUUUUUUUUUUUUUUUAACUCUUGAUGUGUGGAGUUAUUGCUCAUGGUAUCAGUUGGAAGUGAGUACACAGCUCAAGAAGUCAAUCAUUUCAUUUCACAACUGAUCCAUGAAUACUGCAAAGUACUGUCAUUGGUCAAUGAUAUUUAAAGCAAAGGCAUGGCCUACUUACAAUGUUCUGUAUAUUAUUGUAAAAUUGCAAACAUACUGUAUUUUCAGCUCUUAUGUUCUUGUCAUAUGUUCUUUUUUUAUCAUUAAUGACCUGUAUGGAGUAUGUUAGUGUGACUGCCCCUGCUUUGGUCACGGGCAAAUUGAAGCAAUCUCAUCUGGACUCAUGAUUCAACAUGUUAUUAAUCCUGUGACUGAAACAGAUCACUGCUAGAUUGGGCUCAGAAGCUUCUCAUAAGGUUAUUUUCAUAUUGUUCCGAGCUUUUGUAGCUUAUUGUUGCAGACAGAAUAAUGCUGUGAAGAAUAAAGUGUCAA